AUGACCCAAGAACAAGAACAAGCAGUUAUCACGUCUUUACUAGACACCGACCUGUAUAAAAUCACCAUGCAGGCCGGUGUUUAUGAAAACUUUCGAGAUGCAGGCCUUGGAAAUCUACGAUUCACUGCUGAGGAAAUCAACUAUCUGAAGAAAGCUGUUCCUUAUCUUCCUGCAGACUACUUUGAGUAUCUCCAAACAUUCAAGCUAGACCCGGAUUCGCAGGUUGUUGUAGAGUAUCACGAUGACAUUGGAUUACACAUUGAGGUCCGUGGACCUUGGGUCGAAACAAUUCUUUACGAAAUCCCUAUUUUGGCUCUGGUUUCUGAGGGCUACUUUAAGCACAUUGACACUGACUGGACUUAUGAUGGCCAACGCGAAAAAGCCGCAAAUAAGGCCCGCGAUCUUUUGGCUCAUGGAUGUGUUUUUUCAGAGUUUGGCACCCGCCGUCGCCGGUCUUUCCUUUCACAAAAACUAGUGAUUGAAGGGUUAGUUGAUGGAGCCAAUGGCGAUUCGCGUCUCCUUGGAACCUCCAACGUCCUCUUUGCAAAAAUGUUUAACCUAGCACCAAUUGGCACGGUGGCUCAUGAAUGGAUGAUGGGGAUUGCUGCUUAUACCCAGGAUUAUGUGCAUGCCAACCAGCGGUCAAUGGACUAUUGGCUCAAAACCAUGGGCGAUGGAGCAGCAGGAUUUGCACUCACAGAUACUUUUGGAACAGACGAUUAUCUCAAAAGCUUUAAACCACCAUACACUGAUGUGUACAAAGGUGUGCGUCAGGACUCUGGAGACCCUCUGGAGUAUACAAAGCUAAUUGCAGCACACUACAAGAAAUUAGGGUACGCCCCUAAUACCAAGUCCAUCAUUUAUAGUGAUAGUCUGGAUGUGGCAAAGUGCGAGAAAUAUGCAGCGGCCGCUAAAGAGGCUGGACUUGUUCCAUUAUUUGGCGUCGGGACGUUUUUCACAAAUGAUUUUGUGCACACGAGCACAGGUAAGAAAUCGGAGCCACUGAAUAUUGUCAUUAAACUGGCAUCGGUGAACGGCAAACCAGCAAUUAAAUUAAGCGACAAUAUGGGCAAAAAUAUGGGUGAUCCCAAGGAAGUUCGUCGGGUCAAGGAAGAGCUCGGGUAUAUUGAGCGGACCUGGGCUGGCGGUGACGAGGCACACCGGUGGUAG